AAAGUUGGAGGCACACGUGGUGUGGAGGGAAGGAGAGGGGAUAAGGAACUGAAACGGGGAAGACGAGACGAUGAUAUACGCAAAACAGUUAAAUUAAAUCUGGUCAAGUAGAAGAUAAUGGUAAUCCAUGGGGCAAAAGUGUGGUUGCCUUUAAUGCCUGCCGUUAAAUGUAAUAGUUGCUCCAACAAGGUGGUCUUGGCAGUGAGCGGCAGAAGAAUCAGUAUUGUGAGUAUGGUGAGCUCAGCCGUCGCCGCUGCCAUAGCUUGUGCUUGUGCUUGUGCUCAGGAACCGCCUCAACCGGAGACUCUUUCCAACAUACCUCAGACGCUUUCCGGUGAAUGUCCGUCGCCCGGAGACUGCCGGAAACCCAAAAUCCAGAGACCUAAGUCCAGAAAAGCGGAAUCCUGCACAGGCAAGUGCGUCACCACUUGCAUCCAAGGUGGCGACGGCUCUCCUGGCGAAGGCCCUCUUAAUGUCAGAAGACCUCUGGUAGUUUUCAAGCAAGGGUUUCGAACUCGUCAAUACUGCUUGGUGGAGUGUACAGAUAUUUGUAAUUUGAUAGGUGAUGGUGACGAUGGACCUUGAAUUGUUUGUUUUUUUUUUUUGUUCAUAGCACCAGCUAUUUAAAAAUUAAAUAUCGUUUGUCCUGCUUUUAAA